AUGAAGUUUCUUUUCCUCUUUCUUGUCAUCCUUCUGGCCAUGGAUCCAGUGCUCUCAGCAGAGUGUUGGAUGGAUGGAAAAUGCCGGUUGGUGUGCAAAAAUGAUGAAGAUAGUGUCAUACGCUGCGCAAAUCGUAAACGGUGCUGUGUCCCUAGUCGUUACUUAACAGUCCAGCCAAUGACAGUUGAAAGAAUGGAACCCUGGACCGUUCCCCACACACCCAAACCACUUCCCCAGCUGUGA